AAAAUAAAAUUUCAGGCGACAUACAUACAGCUAAAUUAAUAAAUAAAAUAAAUGGCAAAGACGUUUUAUAUAGGAGUACUUAAGAAAAAGCAAGCAAGCUGGUGUAAUACGAUUUUUUCCACCGUGCGGGAGAGAUGAAAAAACAACGAUGCAUGCAUGCAGCAUGGCAGCAUUCGUAUCCGUCCACCAGCCUCACCCAUCUCUCUUUUCGUUCAACCAGCGAUCGAGCGAGCGAGGCCCCAAAUUAAGGAUCCGUCCAUGGAGCAGCUCCGGCAGGUGGGCGAGGCCCUCGGCGGCAUCGCCGCCCUCAUGGCCUUCCACCACGACCUCCGCGUCAACCCGCGCCAGUGCCGCCUCCUCGCCGACGCCUGCGAGCUGGCCUUCGACGCCGUCGCCGCCGAGGUGCGCGCCAGCCUACGCUUCGACGACCGCCUCGCCGGCCGGUGGAAGCCGCUCGAGUCCCCGCUCCGCGAGCUCUGCCGCGCCGUCCGCGACGCCGAGCACUACAUCCGUCUCUGCUUCGGGGACCUGCACGGCGGUGGCGGCGGCGGUGGCGGGAGCUGGUGGGCGCGCGCGGCCGCGCUCACGCACGGCGUCGAGUCCGUCGAGCUGCACCUCCACGGCCUCCUCUGGUGCGUCGCCGUCGUGCUCGAGGCCGUCGAGGUCGUCGCUGAGGCCACCGCGGCGCUCAAGCCCGACGAGCUCGCGCGGCGGCGGGUGCUCUUCGCCCGGGACUACGACAAGGACCUCCUCGAUCCGGCGCUGUUCCGGCGAAGCAGGGUGGGCAGGGCAUAUCUGGCCACGCAGGAGCUCGCCGCCCGGAUGGACACGGCGUGGGCGGAGGACAGGUGGCUCCUCUCGCAGCUGCUCGACGAAAUGAGAUCCAGGCCGUUGUCGCGGCAGGAGCACCGGAUCGCCGACCUCCUGGCCGCGCCGCGCGGGGAGCCGCACCCGGCGGCCGCGCUCCUCCUCGGCGACUUCCACAUGCGGCGGCGCCUCGGGGGCAGCCUGAAGGAGGUGCAGUGGAUGGGGGAGGCCUUCGCCGUGAAGCACUACGUCGGGGUGGACGCCGACGACGCCGCGGUCGGCGCCGAGAUGGAGUUGCUCACGUCGGUGGCGCACCCGAACGUGGCGCACUGCCGGUACUGCUUCCGCGACGAGGAGAAGCGGGAGGCGUACCUCGUCAUGGACCAGAUCAUGAGCAAAGACCUCGGGAGCUUCUUCAAGGAGGCGAGCGGCAGCGCCAAGCGGCCGCGCGCGCAACUCCCGCUCGUCGUCGUCGUCGACGCCAUGCUGCAGAUCGCGCGCGGCAUGGAGCACCUCCACUCCAAGAAGAUCUACCACGGCGAGCUCAACCCGUCCAACGUGCUCGUCAAGACGCGGGGCAGCGCCGCCGACGCCUACCUGGUCGUCAAGGUCGCCGGGUUCGCCGCCGACCCCGGAGCUGCAGCCGUGACCAGCCCCGGCCGGAAGGCGUCGCACGCCGCCGCCGGCGCAAACGCAAACGCCAAUGCCAGUGGGCAAAAUGGCAGCGUCAACCCCUGCAUCUGGUACGCGCCGGAGGUGCUGGAGAACGACGAGCCCGGGCAGGCGACGGCGAGGCGCACGGAGAAGGCGGACGUGUACAGCUUCGGCAUGAUCAGCUUCGAGCUGCUGACCGGCAAGAUCCCGUUCGAGGACAACCACCUGCAGGGCGACAACAUGAGCAAGAACAUCCGCGCCGGCGAGAGGCCGCUGUUCCCGUUCCAGGCGCCCAAGUACCUGACCGGCCUCACCAGGCGCUGCUGGCACGGCGACCCGGCGCAGCGGCCGCCGUUCAGCUCCAUCUGCCGCGUCCUCCGCUACGUGAAGCGGUUCCUCGUCAUGAACCCGGAGCAGCACGGCGGCCAGGCCGACGCGUCGACGUCGACGCCAGCGCAGCCGCCGACGCCGACGCCGCCGGUGGACUACCUGGACAUCGAGGCGCUGCUGCAGAAGAAGCUCCCGGCGUGGCAGCAGCGGCAGGGGGGCGUGGCGCCGCGCGUGUCGGACGUGCCGUUCGAGAUGUACGCGUACAGGGUGAUGGAGAGGGGCAAGGCGGCGAUCCUGCACGUCGGCAGGGGCUCCGACUCCGGCAGCGAGGCCAACUCGCUGUGCGGCGACGAGAGCUUGCACAGCGGCGCGACGGUGCCGGACGUCGUCGUCGAGAUGGCCCCGACGUCGAGCCCGCGCGCCAAGGCGUGGUCGCGGUCGCCGUCCUCCAAGAGCAGCGGCGGCAGCAGGUUGGCGCCAUCGGUGUCGUCGCCGCGCAAGCCGGCCGGCAGGGUCGCCGGCGCCAAAGCAGGGUCGCCGCAGAAGUCGAGAUCGAUGGGGGUGGUCCGGCAAGCGGCGCCGUCGCAGCAGGUUGGAGCCCUACGACGGACGCCAAGGAUAAUGUCCGACGGGCAGCUGCAGGCCGCCGUGAUUCCACAAUCCCGGCGGCGCGUGCCCGGGGGUCACGCUUCAGACUCCGAGCUAGGCUAGAAACGCAAAUGCAAGAUUGUACUUCUGAUGUACUCAGUAGAGAGCGAACACGCAUCUUAGCAAUAAGAAGAGCAGAUUUUACACAAAUAAAUUCAGUCAUGUGGCAUUUUGUCAGUCAUACAUAUGGAAACUACUCAGUGGAUGUAUGUAAACAAAUGGGUCUUAUAUGUCACCCAACAAACAAACAGACUAGGAAAUGCAAAUGCAUUCCCUCAAAAAAAUCCCUCGAAGAAAAAAGGAAAUGCAAAUGCAUGUUCAGAUAUAGCAGCACACUGUUGUAAAGAGUUUUCUUCAGAGACAUCAAUAUAUCAGCAGCAGCAACAGUCCACAAAUGAGAAAUGCCAAGUAACUAAAAAGAUAGAUGAGAUGCAACAAAGAGUGAAGAAAAGAAGAGGAUCAUGAAAAUCAACUAUUAGCAGCACACAGCAUGCAGCUUAUGUUUCAAUCAAUCUCAAUACAGGGUUCCUCACUGAAUAAGACUUUAUGAGUCAGGCAAAUGCUUUAAUGCUUUACAGCCAACUUAUUACUUUCCGAAGCGAGAGAGCGGCAGCAAUUAGGGUUCCGGAACCAGUAGUAGGAUAUAUCGACAUGGGCUGAGAGGGCCUUAUGCUGAAUGGAGCCUCGGUCCUAUUGUCCUUCUACUCGCCCUGCCUAACAAAAAAAGGGAACUCAACACCUACAAAAAUAGAAGUUGAUAACACGGACAGCGCUAGGUCCGAUUCUUCAGUCUAUCCUCAUCUCUACUC